UUAUAUUAUUUUUCUUUACUUAUGUAUAUUAUUUUUCUUUCUUAUUCUGCUGUAUAAACGUGUAAAAUUUUGAGCAAUUAAAUAUAACAAAAAAAAAGAGAUUCAUAAAAAAUUGAAAUCCAAAGAAGUUAUUGUUAGACAGGAGACGAGACACGUCAAUCUCCUCUCAGAAUUCAGUUUUGGUGCAGAAAACAUGACGGCUGCGAUACACCGGACCAUAUGCUCAAAUUUCCCGAACUCACGAGUGUUACAUCACAGUUUAAACAACUGAUAUGAUUUAUCAGUGAUUUGUUAAUAAAGUGCAAUAAUUGUUAAAGAAUUAAAGGGGCAAAAUGAAGCUGGUUUCGAAGAAUAUUGAGAGAGAUGGGGGAGGAGUUGUGUCUCUGGUACCGGAGAACCCAGAGGACAUGUGGCACGCUUAUAACUUAAUUUCUGAACAGGAUUGUGUCAGUGCAUCCACGAUAAGAAAAGUUCAAACAGAAAGUGCAACAGGCAGUACAAACAGCCAGAGAGUGCGAACAACCCUGACGAUUUCAGUGGAGACAAUUGACUUCGAUACCCAGGCAUGUGUCCUGAGGCUGAAGGGAAGGAACAUCGUGGAGAAUCAAUACGUGAAGAUGGGGGCUUACCACACCCUGGACCUCGAGCUCAACCGCAAGUUCGUCCUGAAGAAGGUCAAAUGGGACUCAGUGGCCCUCGACAGGAUAGACAUGGCUUGCGAUCCCACCCAACAUGCGGAUGUAGCUGCAGUGGUGAUGCAAGAGGGUAUAGCCCACAUCUGCCUGAUUACCUCUAAUAUGACGAUUGUUCGGGCAAAAAUCGAUCAGCCCAUCCCCAGGAAACGAAAGGGCUUCAUUUCCCAACAUGAGAAGGGUUUAACUAGAUUUUACGAGAGUAUAGUUCAAGGAAUUCUUCGACACGUGAACUUUGAAAUUGUUAAAUGCGUAAUAAUCGCAAGUCCCGGGUUCGUCAAGGAUCAGUUCUUCGAAUAUAUGAUGGAGCAAGCCAGUAAAACAGACAACAAAACUCUGAUUGAAAAUAAGAGCAAAUUUAUGCUUGUGCACGCUAGUUCUGGAUUUAAACACUCUCUCAAAGAAGUUCUGGCUGAUCCAACGGUUGUAGCCAGAAUAUCGGAUACAAAAGCAGCAAGCGAAGUGAAAAUAUUCGAACAAUUCUACUCUAUACUUCAGACUGACCCUUCCAGGGCUUUUUACGGAAAAAAACAUGUUAAAAUGGCGGCUGAGGCACAGGCCAUUGAAGUUCUUCUCAUUUCUGAUAAAUUAUUCAGAUGUCAAGACAUUCAAACCCGAAAAGAAUACGUGGAAAUAGUGGAGAGUGUCAAGGAUGCUGGUGGAGAUAUCAAGAUAUUCUCUAGUAUGCACGUGUCAGGAGAACAACUAGACCAAGUAACGGGCAUCGCUGCUAUCCUGCGUUUCCCAAUGCCCGAAUUAGAAGAUGAAACUGAUGGUGAGAACGAAGACUCUGACGACGAUUGAUAAUUGUUCAUAGAAUAAAUAAAAUUUCGUUACUAAGUUAUUAUUAAUUAUUAUCAAAAGUUUUUCAAACUUUUUUAACGUGAAGUAAAUACCUUGACGAACA